AGAAACUGCUAGCUUGGAAGAGCAGCUGCAAGGAUGGGGAGAAGUGAUUUUGAUGACAGAUAAAGUUCUUCGCUGGGAGAGAGCCUGGUUUCCUCUGGCGCUGAUGAGUGUUGUUUCCUUUUCUUUUCUGAUGAUCUACUACUUGGACCCGUCAGUUCUUUCAGGUGUCUCCUGUUUUGUUAUGUUCCUCUGUUUGGCUGAUUAUCUUGUUCCUGCUCUUGCACCAAGAAUCUUUGGCUCUAAUAAAUGGACUACGGAACAGCAGCAAAGAUUUCAUGAGAUUUGCAGCAAUCUGGUAAAAUCUCGUCGCCGAAUUGUUGGCUGGUGGAAGCGUCUCUUCACACUGAAGGAAGAGAAGCCUAAAAUGUACUUCAUGACCAUGCUUUUUUCUCUUGCUGUGGUUGCCUGGAUCGGACAGCAGGUUCACAAUCUCUUUCUGACCUAUCUUAUUGUAAGUUUCUUGUUGCUGUUUCCUGGACUGAACCAGCAUGGGAUCAUUACAAAGUAUGUUGGAAUGGCAAAAAGGGAGAUAAACAAACUUCUCAAGCACAAGGAAAAGAAAAAUGAAUGAAGACUUAACUGCUGUUCGCUCCUGUAAAAGGUUUCUGUGGGAACAGUUUUGAGAAUUAAUGUAUAAUUAAGAUAAUAGAAGUUGUAUUGCUCACUGGCUUUUUUUUAUUGGCUCCCUGAUGAAGUGAAAAUGUCACUCUAGCAACUGCUGUGGGCUUGUCUCUCUUGCUGUGCUGACUAGGGUUCCGCAGCCUGCGGUGAUCUUACACGAAAGAUCCUGACCAUUGAUGUACGGAGCUUCAGUGUCUUCACCAAAUUAAGAGGCCCUGUGAAUAAAUACCCCGACUCCAGAAACCGCA